GUGUCAAGAGAACAAGCCUGGCGCGGCUUCCUGUCAGUUUGUCCUUGCUAAAGCAGAAAUGGGCUACUGGGACGUACCCGACGGCACGGACUGUGUGCAGAAAACAUGGUUCACCACCAAACUGGCCACUGCUCUAGGUCUGGUGGGCUCAGCCUACCACUUGGUGGCUUACCAGCCUGAGACUGCCCUGGAGGCUGUCCAGAGGGUCGGGAGCAAUACUGUCACAAUGGCUGCCAUGGGAGCCAUUUUUGGCCUGACUACAUGUCUUGCUGCUCAGGCCAGAGACGCCCCAGAUGAGCCAGUCAAUUACUUCAUUGGGGGCUGUGCCUCUGGCAUUUUUCUUGGAGCUAGAACUCACAGUCCUAUCACCGGAACAUCGGCCUGUCUGUUGCUGGGGACACUGGGAUUCUUCAGUAAAGUUGCCAAGCAGGAAGGAUGGAUUAUUUUGGGACCCCCAAAGUUGUGAGGAGAAGUUUGAAAGAGUAACAAACCUUUGUAAAUUAAGAAUUCAUGUAAUAAAGUCUGUUAACGUAA